UACUUGUGUAUUUUGUAUGAAUAUAUAUUUAUGUUGGUAUAAUAAAUUAAGUUACUUUUAUCUCUGACAGGGUGACCUGAGCAAAGCUGACUCCAGAGCUGUCUUCUUCACCGUCCAUGACAUGGGCAGCAACCAUUCGUCGUGGGUGGAGUUCGUGGAGCACCCGGUGAUGAAGGAGACCAAGGACCGCUCGGUCUUCAUUCACGUCGACAUACCCGGCCAGGAGGACGGCGCCCCGGACCUGCCCAACGACUAUGUGUUUCCAACCAUGCAAAUGAUCGCUGAAGACCUUGUUGCUGUUGUGAACCACGUCAAUGUUAAGUUGGUCAUUGGCCUUGGUGAGGGUGCCGGAGCCAAUAUCCUGGCACGCUUUGGUAUGGCCUACCCUGAACACUGUAUGGGUCUCGUACUCAUACAUUGUACCUCCACUACUGCAGGUGUUAUGGAACACUUCAAGGACAAGAUAAUCUCAUGGAAGCUCAACAACGUAGGCAUGCACCCUACUGCUGAGCAGUACCUCAUCUUCCAUAAGUUUGGACACCGCUUGAUGGAGCAACUGGACUCAGCAGAGAACAAGGAACACCUCAUCAAGGAGUACCAGGAUCGCCUACAGAGCAAGAUCAACCCCAAGAACCUGCGCAAAUAUGUGGAAGCUUUCCUCAAGCGGUCGGAUCUGUCCGGGAAACUGGAAUCAAAGUUGAGUGUGGAAACUCUGCUAGUGACUGGAGCGAAGGCUUCACAUGUCCACACUGUACACACUAUGCACCAGAACUGCAACAAACAGAAAGCAUCUUUGCUGAAGAUUGAUGAUGUUGGAGAUGUCCUUGCUGAAUGUCCUGAAAAGUUUGCCCAGUCUCUGCAAUUGUUCUCUAAGGGUCUUGGAGUGCUGACUUCUUUGCCUCUGAGUGGAGUGGAACGUCAACGAACCUUCAGUGGUUCAUCAACUGAUGAUGAGGCCCGUCCCCGGCGCCAGCGAACAAUGAGCAUGGAAGAAUAUGACACCCCUAAUCUUCGACGCUUCUCCUUCUCCUCUACCCCAACACCUGCAAACUAAAUACUUAUUUCACCACUAGACCAUGCAGCAGACUCAACUAGCUCAGUUGUGUCUACACUAGUGUACAGUUGGUCAUGGCGUAAAUAUUCAUGAAUUUAUAUUGGUUGAUGUUAUGAUAUUGCAGCUCUAUGUACAUAAAACAUCUCAUCAAGUUAUCAAAAUAUCAUCAAACAUCUGAAAAUACAGGCUCAUGUUACACAGUUAAGAUUAUCUUGUUAUGAGAACACAGCGAGGCCUUUUAUUAUCCACAGGGAGCGGUCAACCCAUGUACCUGCUUGUAUUCUCUCAGAGGUGCAUUUCCCCAUCUUUAAUCUCAUCUAGUUGUUUUUUCUUUGAUCUUGGAAGUGCUGGGAUGACCGUCAGUGUGGAGGAAUAGUUCUGUUUGGGGUACCCAACAGAAGCCCAUGGAGGAGCCAAGGUUUUCAUACUGUUCACUUGGGUUGUAGAGUGACGACCAUUGUUGAUAUUAAAUCCAAGGAAUAUAUUUGCUGCCAGUACCACUUCCCAGGGAUCAUCGUGGCUGGGAUAGUGUAUUGUCUCAUCUAUUGUAGUAGUGAGAGAAGUACGAGUUAUCCCAAUCAGCUUAUUGCAGUCAGUUAGUUACUCAGUGUUUUGCACUUUGCUUUUGUACAGUUUAAGAACAUGAGCACGUGUUAAUAAUGAACCUUUCAAAGCUCAAUUAGGCUCUGCUGGUUCUUGUGUGUACAUAAAAAUAUGAUAGCAAUAUGAUUAUCAAUGCAUUUGGCACGAAGAAAGUGCAAGUGCACCUACGUCAGUUGUUUGAGGAACUGGCUUCACUGCCCAUUGUUCUCUUGCUGCUAAUAGGAGAACAUGAAGGUGAUGGCUGCAUCAUCUCUUGUUCUCAUUGCUUCACUGUCACUCACUUUUAACUGAUGUUUGCUAUGAAUGUGAUAAUGCCAGCAGGAGUAAUCUUGGUUACUUGUUAAUACCUUGCUCAUAGUUCACAAAUAUAUACUUAAUCUGUCUAUACUUUAUACUGUACUGUACUCUUUUACAAUUACAAAAAUGGUGGUCAUACUCUAAAAAUAUCAAAAUAAAAUGAUUGCCAUUAGUAAUAUGAAAUACUGUAUUCUCAGUAAGGGUUUGCAUUAGGAAUUCCCUUAACCUUCAUAAAUUGUAAGAGGCAUAUGCCACGAUAUGAAGUAAUCAGAUCUAACAUGACUUUUGUUACUGCAUUCACCAUAUUUUUUAGACUAAACAUUUGUUUAAACCCCAAAGAGACACUAUUGCCUUUUGAUUGCAUAUGCAAAUGGCUUGCACUUGCUGGUGUUACCACUUAAGUGCUGUACUUCAGAAAGCUGAUUGAUGCAGUGCAAGACCAAUAUAACUGCCAACUUGUUAAUACACUAUAGAUUGCUUUAGAGGUUUAGCCAGUUUGUUGGGCACACAACACUCAUUGGUUUUGUUGUUUGCAGUUUAUAUUACACAGUACAUACUACACAUUGUGAAAAAGAGCCGUUUCUUUUUGAGACGAGUCCAACAUGUGGUGUGCCAGCAGGUGUUUGUCAACUGGCUUCUGAUGUUGGGAGACACACAGUAUAGAAUAUUUGCUCAUCUGUCUAUUUGGAAACACAGCAUAGAGAUUAUUUUAAAAAAAAUUGUUCUAUUUUUUUUUAUCUGAUAAAAAUUAUUUAGUAAAUUUUACCUAUACUACAUCUUAGUUUCUAGAUGGACAGAAUGCUGUAUACAUUAUUAGUGACAAGAACAAAAAAAAAAAAAAAAAUCUGUAGUUUUAGUUUUGGUUUCACAUAAAAGCACCAUAGAGGAACUUUAUGUGACUAUUUAGCAACUGGUUUGCCUGAACUACAAGUUCACACAGUCUACCUAGGAUCUAACGUUGCAAAUCAAUACAUUCUUUUAAGACACAUUCACUGUGAUUCAAAAUUAAUGUUCAUUAUGCAAAGUUAAUAACCUUUUCUGUAAUGGUAAUGGAUUUGUUUUCUUUCUUUAGGUAUUUUUGUUACAGGCUAAGUAAUUAUGUUGAGGGGUAUGAUAGUGAUAUUUACCACAAUGUGUUUUGGAAGAAAAUGUACAAUUAUCAUGUGUAAUACACAUUAAUACAGUAUUUUUAUUAAAGUUUA